UUGUUCCUUCGUCAGAUUAGGGCUCGCAGAGAUAUACACAAACAAGAUAUCGCAAAUUCGUCCUAUUUCAAAUCACCAUCUCCGAAAUCGAUACUCGUAGCGUCCAAUAAUAUUCUUCAUCCUUUCAGUUUUCCAAAUUGUGAUUUUGUUCCUAUAGUAGGUUUGAAUCAUAAAAUACUUGAAAAAUGGGUGGUCAUGGCGGUUUGAACAUCCUUCCUCAGAAACGUUGGAACGUUUACAAUUUCGAUAAUCGGGAAAAAGUCCGCAAAGAUGAGGAAGAAGCCGCCAGAGAGGAACAGCUUAAACGCGAACAAUCGCGAAAACGCGACACCGAGGUCCGUCUCGAACGCCUCCGUACCUCGCGAGGUUUGGCACCGACUAUUCAGCCUCGUGAAUCUGAACCUGAACCAGAACCGGAAUCUAAACCUGAACCAGAAGUUGAAGCUGUAGUGGAAGCUGGUGAUUUAGGUCAUAUUAACCUGUUUGAGGGGAUUAAGAUUUUUGAUCCGAUUCGAUUGCCGAAGAGAGAGUAUGUUGAUGAGAAAGAGGAGAUGAAGAAGAAGACUAAGAAGUUGAAGUUGCCGAAAGAGCAAGGAGAGCCCUCCAUUCGUGCUGUUGGGCCUGAAGAUGAGAAAUAUAGGUUGGGUUAUGGGGUUGCAGGGAAAGGGGUUCAGUUGCCUUGGUAUGCUCAAAAGCAGAAACAGAAUGAUGUUGGUGGUGAUGAUGAAGGUGGUGUGAAUGGUGAAAAUAGUGGUGGUAGGAAGGGUGAAAAAAGGAAGAAGACGUUGGAGGAGUUGAGGGAAGAAAGGCUGAAAAGGGAGAAGAAAGAGAAGGAAAGGGAGAUGGCUUUGAGACAUCCGAAGCAGCAAAGUCGGGUCGAGCCUUAUGGCAGUAGCAGAUACUACAGGCGAUGAUUGAGUCGAGGGUCUUGCACUUUGUGAUCUCCCAGGAUUUGAUGAUUUGUCCUUCCUCAUAUGAGAAUCGUGCUGCUACAUUCUUGAGAAAUUUAUAGCAAAUUUAUGCAAGCAUUUAUCUUCUGUUCCCUUUGAUUCUUUCUCCUUUCUCUCGGGCCUCAUCUUUACAACAUAUAGUUAUACUCAAACUUAUGCCAAAAUCCUACUCUGGUUUCUUCCUAUUGUUCAGGUGUUAAAUAGAAUUCUUCUUCCUAUUGUUCAGGUGUUAAAUAGAAUUAAGUUAUUAUUAGCAAAAUCCUACCAUGGUUUCUUCCUAUUGUUCAGGUGUUAAAUAGAAUUCAGUUAUUAUUA